AUGACGAGGAGGUCGUAUUACUCUGGAAGAGUCAGGCCAUACAUGCCGAUGCAAAGAGGACUUCCUCCUACACCUUCAGUGAUGAUCAUCAGGAUACGAUGGAUUUUACAAUGUCUAUUUACUGUUUCAAUGAGCAGUUUGACAUCAGGUAACCCGAUAUUUUUAAAACAAACAGGUAGAAAUAACAGACCCGUAAUAAAAUGGAUGCCACCGACAGAUGACUGGAAUUGGACAGAUUCGCCUCGUAAUGAAGAACUAUUCUUCGUCCCAUCUAACUUUAAUCAUACCCUACCGCCAUCUGCUAAUGAGACUGAACUUAUUGCACACAUGGCAGCUUUAAAACGUAAUUAUUCCCGACUUCUGUGGGAUAACGAUAAGAGCACUAACCUACCGGUUUUUGUGGAUAAGGCCUUAAAACUUCUUAAUUUAAAACAAGUAUAUUAUGAAGUGGAGCACUCUGUUAUGUCUAAAGUGUCAUGUACAGCCUGUAAAGCCGGAGCAGGUCUAUUACAGCAUUAUAUUAGAUUAGGGAAAAGCAAAGAUGAAAUUAAUAAAAUGAUCUAUCAAUUCUGCGUUUCGCUAAAUAUCCAAUCGGCCCGUGUCUGUGAAGGAAUCACCAGAUUGUUUGGGAGUGAAGUAGUCUACGUAUUAAAACGUAUUACCAUUGGUCCCGAUGAAGUAUGCAGUUUUGUAAUCGGGGACGCGUGCGGUGAUGUUUACAAUCCUUACCACGAGUGGGAAGUAACAUUCCCGCCUGUUCCUAAACCUGCUACUACGGUACUCGAUACUCCUGUUGAUAAAGCUCCAACGUUCAAAGUACUGCAGAUAUCUGAUACGCAUUUUGACCCCUACUAUGCUGAAGGUGCAAAUGCUGAAUGCAAUGAACCGCUUUGUUGUCGAGCUUCAAGCGGGCCGGCUUUGACGCCAGGUGGAGGAGCGGGCCGCUGGGGCGAUUACCGCAAAUGUGAUACACCAAAACGCACCAUCGACCACAUGUUGAAACACAUAGCCGACACUCACACUGAUAUUGAUUACAUUUUAUGGACGGGUGAUUUGCCGCCGCACGAUGUAUGGAAUCAAACAAAAGAAGAGAACUUAAAAGUACUUCAGGAGACUGUCGCUCAAAUGUCAGAUAUGUUUCCGGGCGUACCCAUUUUCCCCGCCCUCGGGAACCAUGAAGCGUCACCCGUUAACAGUUUCCCACCACCAUACAUCUCUUCUUCUGAGCUGAACAUUGCUUGGCUUUACGACGCGCUGGACGAGCAAUGGCGGCGCUGGCUACCUGCAGGAGUGUCACACACUGUUCGCCGCGGAGCCUUCUACUCUGUGCUUGUUAGGCCUGGGUUCCGAAUUAUAUCGCUCAAUAUGAACUACUGUAAUAAUAAGAACUGGUGGUUGUUAAUGAACAGCACUGAUCCCGCGACGGAACUUCAAUGGCUAAUAUACGAAUUGCAGUCAGCAGAAUUCAGCGGCGAAAAGGUUCAUAUUAUCGGCCAUAUACCGCCGGGCCAUUCUGACUGUUUGAAAGUAUGGAGCCGCAAUUACUAUGCAAUAGUCAAUCGCUAUGAAUCUACUAUAACGGCACAAUUUUUCGGACACACUCAUUUCGACGAAUUUGAAGUGUUUUAUGAUCCACACGACAUUGGCAGAGCAACAAGUAUUGCUUACGUGGGACCUUCUGUCAGUCCUUAUUACGACUUGAAUUUAGGGUAUCGAAUAUAUUAUGUGGAUGGGGAUCAUGAAGCGACUACUCGACAAGUGGUGGACCAUGAAACUUGGAUCAUGAAUUUGAAGGAGGCAAAUCUAUUCGGAUAUCCAAUCUGGUAUAAGUUGUACUCAGCUAGAUCUGCUUACAUGAUGUCGGCAUUGCGGCCUCAAGACUGGGACAAAUUUAUCGACGAUAUGACAACUAAAGAGGAUGUUUUUAAUUUAUAUUACAAACACUAUUGGAAGAAUAGUCCUCGGCGUGGGACGUGUGACGGCGAAUGCCGCAAGCGGUUGGUAUGCGACGCACGCUCAGGGCGCUCGCAUGACCGUCGUGCACUCUGCGGCCUCAUCGAGGCGCGUAUCGACGGUGCAACGCCCACUCCUCAGACGUGGCGCGCCUGGCUAUACAAUGGCCUGUCUGUCUCGUGA